AUGGUGUCCGCUACUAGACGGACUGUGUACCCAACCGCGGAGGAAGAGCCGGUGAACUCGUCACCCGCUACAAAUGGGAAGCGAAAGGCUGCUGCCUCGGAAGAUGAGACGGAAAGCCAAUCGCCCAAACGAAGAAAGCAGAAAAAUUCCAGUUCCAGUAUCACCAGCUCCCCGGCUCCUCAACCCGUUGACGAAGAAAAGGUUAUUGUAAAAAGACUACCCUUCCGUACCGCCGAUUCAAGCGACAUUGCCGAGCACGAAAUACAACCCGAGGAGGAAAAUUUACAUGUUUCAACCAGUACAUCCACGGAGCCUGAUCGGGUUCAGGUAAAUUCCACCGCCAAGGCGACACAUGUUCGUUUUGGAAGCGAGGAACAGGCUCCGGUCAUCAUUCGGAAGAAUGAGCAAGCUUCGGACGAAGAGGAUCCCAAAGAAUCUAAUGAUGUGGAAGACAGUGAGGAUGAUGAGGCCCCCGAAACAAUAGACAACGCUACGCAACUACGGGAAUUAAAGGAGAAUGCCCGAAAAGAAACGAAGGCUAAGCAAAGGUUCGUGUUGAAUGUUUCACCUCUAACAUCAACCCAAGGACCGAAGAGCUGA